AUGAUCGAUUAAAUAGUCAAAGGGUUUUAAAAAAUUGAUAGAUUUGGUGCCAUAUUUAGACCACCUAUUGUAGAUAUUCAUCCGGAAUAUAGGUCGGUUCUAGGAGGAAUUGCUACACUCAUUUUAUAUGGAUCAAGUCUUGCAUACUUUAUGUAUCAAAUAAUCUAAUGGCAAUCUAAUUAAUUAUUACCAAAAAUUACUUAGAUCUAAACUUCUUAUCAUAAAAAAUACUAUAAUAUUGAAGAUCAAUUAUCCUCAUUUUACAUAAGAAAAAACUAUAAAAAUGAUUAAAUUGACCCAUUCGACCCAGGAAACAUCAUUUUGUAACCUAUCCUUUCUAAAUUUGAAAAUUAACAACUUAUAAAAUCUUAUUCUUUUUACUAUAACUAAAAAUUAGAGAAAUAAGAUAUUUAUGAAGUUAUUUUAGAAAACAUAGAAUUGAAUUUAAACCUUAACAAAUCAAAUGAUGAUCCAUAAAUUGAAUAUUUAUUAUCAUUUGGAACAUGUAUGGAAAAAUAUUUAUUAGAUGGAUAGAAAUGUGCAAAUGAAACAUUAGUAAACACUUAUUUGAAUUAAAACAGUCAUGCAAUAAUAUUAAAUCAUUUUGUUAAAGAAUAUAAUUCAAAAUAAAAACGAAUAUAAAAUGUGAAAAAACAAUUCUUAGCAAUCCUUACUAAAAAUACAACAUUAUAUUUCUAAAAUUAAAUAAGAUUAUCUAAAACAUAAAUUGAUGAUGGUUUCUUAUUUCCAUCUAAUUCUAACUAAGAAUUUCCUAUAGAUACAAUAAUUAUAUCUUAAACUACAGUUCCUGAUAGUUUUUAAAAUAUAUUUGGCAGAGCAACUUAUUUAGUUAUGGCAUAUAGUUUAAAUGAAGUAAUACAAGAAUAGUAUAUAGAAUAUCCAAAAAUAUCUGAAGUACUGGCUGAUAUAGGAUCUAUUGUUUCUAUUAUCUUAGUUUUAUCAUAUUUAGUUAUCUUUUUUAAUGAACACAAUUUGGAAAAAGAAUCAAUUUAAAAGGUUAUUUAAAUGUAUUAUCCUGAAUUUUGUAAUAUUAAAUAUAAUUAAAAUUGGUAUGGUAAAAUUAUUGAAGUUAAAUACAAUGAUAUUCUAAUUGAUAAAGAAGAAUUCUUGAUAUAUUAUAAUAAGAUUUAAAGAAUUGCAUCAAAGAAACUUAGUAUUACUAAUAUUUUAUAUACUUUGGCAAAAUUACAAUUUUUAGUUUAAUCAACUUAUAAUAUUGAUAAAAUCAAAUUAGCUCAUAAAAUUGGAAUCAAACUCAAAUAAUUUUCUAAAGCUAAUAGUAUACCUUUAAUUUAAGAAUAAUUGAAUUGUUAAGAAAUUUCAAGAAAUGAAUCCAAAGAUCAAGUCUAAAUUCAUGAUAUUGCUAAUAUCAAUUUUAAUGAUUAAAAUAAUAAUUAAAAUUCAAUGAUUCGUCAUGAAACUAUUAAUAAAGAUAAUUCUAAAAGCAUAUUCUUAAAAUUAAAAGAGGAAUGUCAUCUAUUAAGUGAUGAAGAUUUCUAACUUUUUACAAUUGAUGAACCUAUUCUUAUAGAUAAUGAUAUCUAGAAAUCAGAUACAUAUUUUGAGAAUAAUUUUAUUGAUCUUUGA